AUGUUGGAACUGGCAAAAUUAGUUCCGGGACCCCCAGCCCUGCCUCUACUGGGAAAUGCCUUAAUAUUCAUGGUUCACGCGAAAGAACAAUUAAAAAUAGUAAACCAGUUAACGAGUAAAUACGGAGACUAUGUGAAGUUUUGGUUGGGCCCAGACUUGAAUAUUUGCGUCAAAAACCCCGCGGAUAUAAGGUUCCUGUUGACAAGUAACACAGUUAAUCAAAAAGGUCCGGUGUAUGAAUUCUUCAAGAACUUCAUAGGGGAUGGUAUUUUAACUGGCGGUAAGCAUUGGAAGGCACAUCGGAAAAUUGUUAUGCCAUCGUACAACAAGAAAGCAGUACAACAAUUCAGUUCGGUGUUCAAUAAAGAGGCUGAGGAUUUAGCGAAGGCUUUAAGUAAAAAAGACCCGCAUCAGACGUUCAACGUUUACUUUGACGUUGUUAACUGCACCACCCAAAGCGUUUGUCAAACACUAUUGGGACUUACGAAGGAAGAAUCCUUAAAUCUUACCCGUUUGAGAGAAGUGAUGUUGGAGACACACAAUAUGUAUCAAUUAAUACAUUUAAAAAUGACAAGAUGGUGGUUACACAUACCUAUUAUUUACUAUCUCUCUGGAAGAAAACGAAUAGAAGAUAAUUAUAUUAAGAUGGUUGACGAUCUGACAUCGGACGUAUUACAGAAAAGAAAAAACGCAUUGAAACAUGAAGUCACAGAAAAUAGUAUGAACGCAGUUGAUAGACUCAUUUUGGAAAUUUUAGAUGAAGAAGAAAUUAAAUUAGAGAUAUUCACUAUAUUUACAACAAGUCAAGAGGCGUCGGCCAAAAUAGUUGCUGGUGUACUUCUAUUUCUUGCACAUCUUCCCGAUUGGCAGGAGAGAGUCUACGACGAAAUCCUGGCUACGGUUGGCUUGAGAGAUGAGGUUACCGAGGAACACCUCAAGAGUCUUCAUAACUUGGAUAUGGUGUACAAGGAAGUUCUGCGCUAUUUAUCCAUAGGGUCCAUGCUACAAAGAACUGUCGAAAAAGAGAUGACUAUCAACAAUGGUAAAAUUACCCUUCCAGUCAACACAUCGUUGGUAGUACCAAUACACGAGUUGCACCGAGAUCCUCGCUACUGGGACGAACCAAAUAAAGUGAAACCGGAGAGAUUUCUGCCGGAAAAUGUAAAGAAUCGCGACCCGAAUGCUUUCAUACCAUUCAGUUUGGGACCCAUGGAUUGUUUGGGUAGAGUUUAUGCGACAAAAUUAAUCAAAACAAUUGUGGUCCAAGUCAUACGACAGCUGAAGUUAGAAGCUGAUGGGACUUUGGAGGAACUGGAGCUAGACGUAGCAAUAUCGGUGAAGUUCGCUAAAGGAUACAAUCUGAGAGUAAAGAAACGAAACAACAACAGAACAAGUGCAUGA